GCGACCGUCCUCUGGCGCGGCUCCGACUGCUUGUGUCGCUUAUACUGCCUGGGAGCUGGUGGCUGACGAAAUCCCGGUUUCGUGAAAAAUCUUGCGGCUGCGGUCCCUUCCCUCCACGCAAACAUGGCAGACGAAGAAGCGAUCUUUGAUCCAAGUUUGAAGAAAAAGAAAAAGAAGAAGACCGGUUUCAACUUAGAUGCAGCAUUAGCAGAUGGCAGUGGCACAGCCGUUACGGAGCCAGCACCAGCUGGCCCCGAAAAUGAGGAUUCUGAGGCCCCUAAGGAAGACACACCAGAUAUUGAUGAUAUGGAGAUGUUUGGAAAGAAGAAAGGCAAGAAAAAGAAGUCGAAACCUUUCAGCAUGGACGACCUGAACGACGCCCUCCCCGAGACCAAGGAAGGCGGCGCCACAGAGAACGAGGAGAAGGACCCCGCCCUGGCCGAGAUGGACGAGUUCGACCUUGACAUCAACUUCAGCAAAGCCAAGAAAAAGAAAAGCAAAAAGAAGAAGGACCUGGACGUCCUCAUCGCCGAGCAGGAGGAAGCCUCCAUGGACGCAGAUGAUAAGGAUGUUGAAACAGGCGAUGGAUGGUCUGGCUCAGAGAGGGACUAUACUUACGAUGAGCUCCUGGAACGUGCUUUUAAUCAGCUCCGAGAAAAGAACCCAGAAAUGGCAACUGGAGAGAAGAAGAAAUUCGUCAUGAAGCCACCGCAGGUUGUAAGAAUUGGAUCAAAGAAAACUGCAUUCGCCAACUUCUCAGAAAUUUGCCGCUUACUACAUAGAAUGCCAAAACAUUUACUUCAGUUCUUACUGGCUGAGUUAGGUACCUCUGGAAGUAUUGAUGGAAAUAAUCAGUUGAUCAUCAAAGGCAGAUUCCAGCAAAAACAAAUUGAAAAUGUUCUUAGGCGAUAUAUCAAGGAAUACGUAACCUGCCACACUUGCCGCUCCCCCGACACAAUCCUCCAGAAAGAUGCUCGACUCUAUUUCCUUCAGUGUGAGCAGUGUAACUCCCGAUGCUCUGUUGCACCCAUCAAGUCUGGUUUCCAGGCUGUGGCCAACAAGCAACAGAGACAGGCCAUCAGAGCCAGCAAGAAUUAGCAUCCAAAUAUAUAUAUAUAUAUAUACGGUUAACGACUUUCUUUCUUGUUCUCCUCAUUUCUUCUUUCUCUGGUGAUGUUUUUAUAGUUUUUGACCUUAUUUUUAAAAAAUGCUGUUACCACAUAAAGGUUAUAUUUUAAACCAUACACAAAGUAAACUAUUACUAGUUUUCAAAAUGUUAUAUACAAGUAUCCCAGUAUUGACCUUACCAUGGAUUCUUAGAUCAAAGAGGAAGAGCAAGUGGCAUAGCUUCCUCUUGCUGUCUCUGUGUGUUGUUUUGGAGGUGUACUAUCAAUAAUAAGAAUUUUUCAUAGGUACUUGUUAUACCCAUUGACUCUGAAAGAUCUUACCAGCUUAACAGUUAUCACAGGAAUAAAAUUUGCCUGGGUACAA